UUAUUUAGAAGUUGCAUUUGUGGUAGAGUUGCAGUGCGUAAAAGCAGGACUUUUUUCCCUUCUCGUGUGGAAUUUCCUAUGUUGUUUUGUGACUUUGUGUGAAGAAGAGGCUGUCUGUUCUGAGCACAGGGAGUGUUGGCUAUGCGUCCUGGCUGCAGCCUGCAAUGUUUGCGCUGACGCCAAAACUCACAGACCGGUGCAGAAUUGAUUAAAACAGAGGAGCUCGGAUCAAAUGGCUGUGCUUCUCACAGCUGAACCGACACAAUGUUCCACUGACCCGAGGCACAGGAGAGGAAUUUCACAAUCGUGCAGCCUUGUUGCUGUUUAUUUCACUGCCUUUUUGCGGACAGAGGAAAUGGGAAAUGCAAAUUUCUUGUAAGAAAAAGGAAUAACACUUUUUUUUUUCAUCUUGAAGUGCACUUUGUGAGAGGAGAUGAUUUGGUUAAUACUCCUUCUCUCCAUCCUGCAUGGAGCUGUUUCUCAGCUACACUACUCCGUGCCAGAGGAGCAGGAGCCUGGCUCCGUGGUUGGGAAUAUUGCAGAGGAUUUGGGGCUGGACAUUACCAAACUUUCCGCUCGCCGUUUCCAGACGGUGCCCAGUUCGCGGACACCUUAUCUGGAGGUGAACUUAGAGAACGGAGCGCUUGUGGUGAAGGAGAAAAUCGACCGAGAAGAAAUCUGCAAGCAAACCACCCCGUGCCUAUUGCACCUGGAGGUGUUUCUGGAGAACCCGCUGGAGCUGUUUCGCGUUGAAAUUGAAGUGAUGGAUAUCAACGACAAUCCACCCACCUUCCCUGAGACGGACAUUUCCGUGGAAAUAUCGGAGAGUGCCAUCCCCGGGACCCGUUUCCCGGUAGAGAACGCUUUCGACCCGGACGUGGGCACGAACGCUCUCAGCACAUAUGCCAUCACGAACAAUAACUAUUUUUACCUUGACGUGCAGACACAGAGUGACGGGAACAAGUUCGCGGAGCUGGUGCUAGAGAAGUCUCUGGACCGGGAGCAGCAGGCUGUGCACCGCUACGUGCUGACGGCUGUGGAUGGGGGCAUCCCGCAGCGCACCGGGACGGCUCUCCUGGUCGUUAAAGUGCUGGACUCGAACGAUAACGCGCCCACCUUUGACCAGUCAGUGUACUCUGUGAAUCUGCGGGAAAACUCUCCCGUGGGCACUCUGAUUAUCCAGCUCAACGCCACAGAUGUUGACGAGGGACAAAACGGCGAAAUAGUUUAUUCUUUCAGCAGCCACAACGCCCCGCGGAUAAAGGACUUAUUCAACAUUGACGCCAGGACAGGUAGGAUAGAGGUGGCGGGAGAGGUGGACUACGAGGAGAGCAGCACGCACCAAAUUUACGUCCAGGCUAAAGACAUGGGGGCUAAUGCGGUCCCCGCGCACUGCAAAGUGCUGGUGAAACUCGUGGACGUGAACGACAACACACCGGAGAUUGGUUUCAGCACUGUGACCGAGUCCGUGAGCGAGCAGGACGCCCCGGGCACCGUCAUCGCACUUUUUAGCGUCUCAGACCGGGACUCCGGCGAAAAUGGACACAUGAGCUGCGAGGUUUUGGGAGACGUUCCUUUCAAGCUCAAAUCCUCCUUUAAGAACUACUACACUAUCGUGACAGACGGACCGCUGGACAGAGAGAACACAGACUCCUACACCAUCACCGUGGUGGCCAAAGAUAAGGGGCAGCCGUCGCUCGCCACCAGCAAGUCCAUCAAAGUGCACGUCUCCGAUGAGAACGACAACGCGCCCCGCUUUACGCAGGCUGUUUAUGAUGUGUAUGUGACUGAGAAUAACGUACCCGGGGCUUUCAUCCACGCUGUGAGUGCCAUGGACCCUGAUAUAGGACAAAACGCUCUCAUUACCUACUCCAUAUUGGAGUGUGAAAUACAGGGCAUGUCCGUGGACACGUAUGUAUCCAUAAACCAGGACACCGGCUAUCUUUACGCGCUGCGCUCUUUUGACUACGAGCUGCUGAAGGAGUUUAGUUUCAUGGUGCAUGCUAAAGACGGUGGCGCUGCCGAGCUCUUCUCUAACGCCACUGUCAAUGUGAUCAUAGUGGACCAGAAUGACAACGCACCCACUGUCAUAGCCCCCAUCGGUAAGAACGGCACAGCCAAAGAGCACCUGCCGCGCUCUGCUGAGCCCGGGUACCUGGUGACGCGCAUCAUGGCUAUGGAUUCGGAUGAUGGCGAAAACGCACGGCUGUCCUACAGCAUUCUGCGGGGCAACGAGAUGGGGAUGUUCCGCAUGGACUGGAGGACGGGGGAGCUGAGGACAGCCCGCAGGAUCUCCCCCAAGAGGGACCCGCAGGGCUACUACGACCUUCUGAUCGAGGUGAGAGACCACGGGCAGCCCCCUCUCUCCUCUUCUGCGAGUGUGAGUGUAAUAUUAGUGGACAGCGUGGUGGAGGGCCGCAGUGGGGACCGCGGCUCGGCCUCCAAGGCGAAGGAGACCUCCCUUGACCUCACCCUCAUCCUCAUCAUUGCCCUGGGCUCUGUGUCAUUCAUCUUCCUCCUGGCCAUGAUCGUGCUGGCCGUGCGCUGCCAAAAGGACAAGAAGCUCGACCUGUACACGUGCCUGCUAGCCGGAGAGUGCUGCAUGUGCUGUGGCUCGUGCUGCAGCAGGCAGGCCCGCGGCCGGAAGCAGAAGAAGCUGAGCAAAUCCGACAUCAUGUUGGUCCAGAGCACCAACGUGACGUCAGGGGUCGGGCCCGUGGGGCAGGUGCCCGUGGAGGAGUCUGGUGUGGGCGGCGUGGGAGGGGGCUUCGGCUCCCACCACCAGAACCAGAACUCCUACUGCUACCAGGUGUGUCUGACACCGGAGUCAGCCAAAACGGAUCUGAUGUUCCUGAAACCGUGCAGCCCCUCCCGCAGCACGGAUACGGAUCACACCAACCCCUGCGGCGCCAUAGUGACGGGUUACAGUGACCAGCAGCCGGACAUCAUAUCCAACGGCAGCAUCCUCUCUAAUGAGACGAAACACCAACGAGCAGAACUCAGCUACUUGGUGGACCGGCCCAGACGUGUCAACAGCUCUGCAUUCCAAGAGGCAGACAUAGUCAGCUCCAAAGACAGCGGGCAUGGCGACAGCGAACAGGGCGACAGUGACCAUGAUGCCACCAACCGGGGUCAUUCUGCCGGCGCUGACCUGUUCUCCAACUGCACGGAGGAGUGCAAGGCCCUGGGUCACUCGGACCGCUGCUGGAUGCCCUCCUUUGUGCCGUCCGACGGGCGCCAGGGGCCGGACUACCGCAGCAACCUGCACGUCCCCGGCAUGGACGCCACGUUGCCCGACACUGAGGUACCCUCCUCCGUCAACCUCCCCGAUCAACUCACCAUGACCUCGUCCACCGCCUCGUCCAACGAUAGGUCAUUCUCCACCUUUGGCAAGGACGGUCAAAGGUCACAGUCACACCAAAGCCUUCACCAUCACCUCCAUCAGCAACAGCCGCAGUACAGCUCCAGCACGCUAGAGAGGAAAGAGUAUGAUAGGGGGACCCUACCAUACAAACCCACCUUUCUCUCCCGCAAAAGGAUUUGCUAGCUCGUUCCACGUAGACCUGUCGGAGACAGCGUGAAUUUCUGUGCUAAAACCACCAACGCUGAUGCUGGAGACAGCAACAGACAACUACACAAACAGUAACCUGGACAAAAGCAACCUUGGUUAAGCUUCAUUAUCUUGGGCGUCGAACUGUAACAAAGCCUUGGCAGUGGUCGUCGGGGGAGAAGAGGAGAACUAAAUACUGAGUAGCUGUAAACCUCAAGAUAUUUUGAGGAGCAAUCCAAGGCCUUAUUCCUCUCAGCAGGACUGAGACUGGGGCCGAAACACUCAACAUGUGAAAUUAUUAAGUCAUCAGCAGACAGAUUAGAGGAACUGAAACGGACAUAGGAAUACAAAACCUGAAGAAGAGGGACCCAUUAGCCCACAGAGGUGGGUUGUUUUUUUUGGACUGAGGAGUUAGCCUCUAGAGAUCUGUGUGUGCCUGUUUACAUGACGAAGAAAAAUAAUGUUUCUGUACAAACUUCAACCAAUGUCACACGGAGCCCUUUAGCUAUUUCUAUGGUCACCACUAAGCCAACUGUACAGAGACUGUGUGGGGUAAAAAAAAUUGAGAGGAAGUGAGAAACUGAGCAGAAGGUUAGACAUAGAGUGAGAGAGAUCAGAUGUUGUACAGGUAUAAAAUGACACGGGGAAAAUAAAAAAGAAGGAAAAGGGGACGAGCAGAGAUGAUGUGCAGUACUAUAAAAUUCUGUAUCUCCGGUUUUUUGACUUGACUGUCUUUAUAUAACUUCUCUUCUUUUGUUUCUGUUGUUCUUUCUGUGUGGUUAAAGUGUGCAGACUAAAGUAUUCCAACUUACUGUUACAGACAGGAACAUGCUGUCAAGAGCCGGGUUCAGUCCUCUUUCAAGUUUAGCCACUUCAGGAAGGAGAUUGUAACACUGCGUAGAAAAAAAGGAGAGAAAAACAAUCCACAUGUUCAGUUUAUCACUAAAAUAUCACAAAUGAAUGUUCUCAUGUCUAAACUAGUGACUAACAGUUCCUUCCUGAGCUGACUGCAGAGCAAGUGAAAUGACCCUUUACCAGGAUAUGGUUCCCUUGAUGCCAUUGGCCUAUACAUAAACAAUCAGACACACUCAGUGGUUUUUAUCAUGUGUGCAAAGUGUUUACUGUGCUAUUUUAAAAAGCUUAUAAAUGAAUAUAAAUCUAUAUAUAACUAUAUAUAUAUAUACAAUAUACUUUUUUCUGAAAACUGUGUAACCAUUGGUUAGUUUCUACACUUCAUACUGUCAUUCAAUCUAAUAAUACCAAGUGCUACAAAAUCAAGACAUGUAUGGAUCAAAUUGAGAAGGAGUGCUUCUGCCUAAAUAAGCAAACUCCUUCGCACCAACCAAGGAUUAAGUUGAUGUUCUUUUUUGAUGUUACUUUUCACCGUUGACAGAUGCUGGGCCUUGUUGUGUGUAGCAAAGACACCAGUUGAGUUGUUUUGGCCUGUUGUGUAUUUUUACUAGCAGACUAUGUGUUCAUGUACAGGAACGGGUGGCUAUCACAAUCGAGCUAGAUAUCAAAGGUUUUACAAUCAUACAAGAGAGGCAUACACGGAUAAAUAUGGACAUAAUCAGACAAUACAUGGCGCAAAAUAUUGCACACACAAACAUGCACACACACACAGGUCAAAUGGUGAUUAAUAAACAGUGUCAUUGAAAUUA